GUGUACAUGUAGGUGUAUAUGUAUUUACUGUUUGUACCACAGGCUACCAGUUUAAAGGUUAAGCACAUAUUUCCUGGUAUACGAUUUGUUGUUAUUUUUACAUUGAAAGACUUGAUGUUUGUUCUUCUGUAAAGGCAAUGGAUGCUUAUGGAGAAGAUAUAUAUAAAGAAUUAAAAAGAAAGGAACUGAGAAUAUUGAGAACAGCCAAGGAAGUUAUUAAGUUUUACAUGGUACAAAGUCAUCGAUCGUUUCAAUGUUUGAUAGAAGAACAUAAGCACGAUUUGUACCAUUAUUAUCAUUUUACCACAAGAUGUGAGAUAUGUUCAUUUGACUAUUUGCUUCCAGACCGCCGACGGCUGCUACAAAUCCAUCUCGACCUUUUAUGCAUCCCGAGUUCCUUAUCGAACUUUAAUACACCCAACUUUAACUGUUCAAUAACCGUAGAUGAAAUAGACCUUGAUAUAGCCUGGUGUCUGCUUGAUUGUUGUGAUGCUAUUUUUUGGCGUCAGUGUUUACAAUUACAAAGGACAACAUUUGUUGAAUUUCUAAACGAAAAUAAACAUGAAAUUUAUCAUUUGGUCGAAGGUGUGAAUAGCUGUAACCUAUGCAAAAACAACAGUCAGCAACAUAAGCACAUAAUAACACAGAAACAGUGGACUUAUCUUUUUUAUCAACCUUAUUUUACUUCAGUAAAAUGUGCAAAUAUUUCAAAAACAACUGUAACAUGCGUUUCCAAGGUUAUGGCUAGGUCUGAUAUUACAAUUCAUCAACUUUAUGAAGACGAUAUACCAUUAGCGAAGCAUUUAUUACUUCACUUAUUGCCAUUGAAAAAAGGACUGGUUCGCCUUCUUGCUUUAGGUCAGCAGCUGUUAAACUGUGAUAUAACAUCUGUGUCUGCAAACAAGCAACUGUGUUCUAAAUUUGACCAAAUAAUGGGAGUUCUUGUACACUCUUUACCAUAUAAUUCAGCUAACAAAGAAGAUCAUACUGUUUCAAGAAAACAAGGAAACAAUAAGAAAAAUCUAUUGAAUAGUGGUAUAAUACCAGAAAAAGAAUUUAACUUUUAUGAAUAUAGAUCAGCGAAAGAAAAUGAUAAAAAUAAAAAAUCAGAAACUCAUUUUAUAAAUCGAGACAGAAAUGCAUGGACAUCUGAUUUUCCCGAUCAACAGACAAAAAAAGUUCUUCCAUCUAGAUAUUUUCUUUAUGAUGUGCCAUGUGAACAUAUUUUUCUACCUGGUGGAACGAUUUUUAAAACACCACAAGAACGCCUAGCAUCGUAUACAUACUGGCCAGUCCAUUCCCUGUUUUGGCCUUAUCCAUUAGUUCUAGCAGGAUUUUUCUACACUGGAACAGAGCAUAUUGUCCGUUGUUUUACCUGUAAUUACACAGCAUCAGUUAAUUCCUGGAUUCCACCAGAGAAUCCAUCAGAGGCUCAUGCACGCUGCAGUCCUGACUGUAGCUUCGUUCAAGGAAACGGAUUCAAGAUUUGUGCGAAAGCUAGCACUUCACGUGAAAAUAAUCAUCUUGCUGUUUUAGAAAAUAACAUAAAAGGCAAUCCAGUUCGAUCACAUGUCGACUUUAGUACGAAGCAGUCUAAGUUAAAUGAUAAAUCACUCCUACUAAAAGAAGGAAGUGAAACCACCUAUUCAGUAUUUGUUGCUGAUAAUGUGUUUUGUCCUCCAGGUACAUACGCAAGUACUGAUAACAAUUCUCCCAGGUAUGCAGAGAUGAUACUUGGAAUACGUCAGACAAGCAGAGAGAUAAAUGAUAUUGGAUGUGACGGCAUGAACGAAAUAGUGUCGUCUUUAUCAAGACAAACGUCAGAUCCAAUGGUUGUUGAAAAUCAAGUAGCAAAUUUAGAGGAAGCCAAAGUUGAACAAGAUUCAAAGUUUCUGUUGACUGACACUGCUGAUACGAUUUUCUUAUUCGACGAAUCUGCUAAGAAAAAUAACCACGCAUUAGAAGACAACUUUUCAAAUCUCAAUGUGAUGACCACAGAAAACAAUUCACAUUUUAAUGAUAAUUCAAUUACAUAUAAGUUCACUGAUGGCUCUGUUGCACAAAUUAAAUAUCCACAAUUUCACCGCGUCAAGUCAAGACUACAGACCUAUACUAGCUGGAAGUACUCUUCCAAACAGCGACCGAUACUAUUGGCUGAAGCCGGUUAUUUUUACACAGGUGAAGCUGACAUUGUUAGAUGCUUUUGUUGUGAUCUUGGACUGGCUGAAUGGGAUGUUCAAGAUGACCCUUGGGUUGAACAUGCUAGACAUAACUGUAGGUGUUUGUUCCUUAAAAGUGAAAAGGGAGAGGACUAUGUUAAUGAUGUGCAACUAAGGUGGAAAAAGAUCUACAACCCAAAGCAUCCUGUAUUAGAAGACAAAGAUUCAAGAUUGAAAACAUUUGCUGGUGUAUGGAGAACUGAUAUUGAACAAACCCCAGAGAUUUUAGUGGAUGCUGGUUUCUUUUACACUGGUGAAGAAGACACUGUCCGCUGUCAUUAUUGUGAUGGAGGGCUACGUAACUGGGAACCAAAGGACGUACCAUGGGAGGAGCAUGCACGAUGGUUUCCAUUCUGCAAAUUUGUCAUCAAAAUGAAGGGCAGAGAAUAUAUAGACGAAAUACGCAUUAAACAUGAGACAACAGCAAGGAAUGAAGAAGUUGCUACUCGACCAGAGGAAUCGUUUGUCGAUCAUCCUUUUGUUCGGCAGUUGCAAGAGUUAGAAUUUAAAGCAGCAGAUAUUACAACGGCAAUGCAAGCUUUUAAAUUAAAAGAAGGAAAUAGUAAUUUUACCAUUGAAGAUAUAGUAGAAAUCAUUAUCCAAGGCAAAGGUAGACAACAAGAAAUACAAAAAUCAAUCAAAGAUCCAGCAACACUUAAAGAAAUAAACAAACAGCUGAAAGAGAAGCUUUUGUGUGUUCGAUGCAAAACCAAUGAUGUGUCAAUGUUGUUUGCAAGCUGUGGACAUCGAAUUACGUGUGAAACCUGUGCUCAGCAACUUGACUAUUGUCCACUUUGCAACAAGGAGAUAACGAAACGAAUCAAGACAUUUCUAUCGUAAAAAGGCAAUGUGAGCAUGUUCAUGUUCAUAUGUUUCAUUUUGAGAUAGAUAUAGCUUAUCACUUGGAAUUACCAAACAAAUUCAAACAUGACAAUUUAUGUUAAAAAAUGUAUGGAUACUUAUUCAUGCGCUUCAAGUGUUAUUUAUGCAUGAGGAACAAUGAAUCUUGAAAUCUAAAUAGUAUAAAUUACAUUUUUGAAGACCUUUUUUAAGACAUUCACUUAUGUUGUUAUAUAGUUGGAAAUAGUACUUUUGUUUUCUAACUUUUGCUUUUAAUGAAGGGGCUACACAUUUUUCAGAUACUUGUUUUCCAGUACUCGUUUUAAUAAAUCAUUAUUACAGUGGACGAUCUCGUUUCAUGUCGUAUAUAUCUCUCAAGUUUAAUAAUAUAAAAAAAAUUUCUGUGA